CAAAUGUUCAAGUCAAAAGUAGCUGCUCUCUGCCCAGUCUGGAUCACUGAGUACCUGGGCCAAAGGAGGAGGCCUGUGCAUGUGACCCAAUCCAUCCCACACGGGACAUGGCGGGCUGUGGAGAGGAGAAGGUUUGAAAAAUAACCGGGUUUGGUUCAUUCACAUGCUUACCCCUCUCUAAGAUGUAAAUACGCGAGCAUACAGAUGUGAGCUUUUAUGGCUGUGGGUGGAGAGCUACAGGUGGAGCCACAAGUUUGCAGAGCCGGCUGUCCAGUCCGCCCUUCUCCCUGCUGCCAUGGCCGUGGAGGCUGCCGAUCAGGAUGACGUGACGGCCGAUCCUGCAGACUACACAGAGAUGGAGAACCGGGUGAAGGAGGGGAAUAUGAAGGCUGACUUGGAGGCUUCUCUGCCUGCUGGACAGGAGGAGUGCGCAAUCCGAUGUCGAGAUGUAUGCCGUUCAUACGGCAAACUGAAGGUCUUGAGCAACCUUAACCUGACUGUACCACAGGGACACAUAUACGGUCUUUUGGGGCCCAGUGGAUGUGGGAAGACAACGUUGCUAAAAUGCAUCGUGGGAACUUUGAAAAUCUCACGAGGUCACAUCACUGUAUUAGGGAAGCCACCUGCAUUUCCAGGUCAUGAUGUGCCAGGGAAGAUGGUGGGCUACAUGCCACAGGAGCUGGCAUUGUACAAUGAGUUCACCAUCAGCGACACCUUGACCUUCUUUGGCAGAAUUCACGGCCUGACGUCAAAGGAAACCCAGGCUCGCAUGCAUUUUCUGAUUGACUUUUUGGAUCUACCUCAAAAGAACCAUCUUGUCCGAAAUCUCAGUGGAGGUCAGAGACGCAGGGUGUCUCUCGGCGCGGCUCUACUACAGAAUCCAGAGCUGCUCAUCCUGGACGAACCGACAGUCGGAGUGGACCCCGUGCUCAGGGCCAAGAUUUGGCAGCAUCUGGUGGAGAUUGUGAAGACAGGCAAAGUCUCUGUCAUCAUCACCACACACUACAUCGAAGAGGCCAGGCAAGCUAAUGUGGUUGGUCUCAUGAGGAAUGGACAUUUGCUGGCUGAAGGUCCUCCAGACGCAGUCAUGAAGCAGCACAGUGCAACAACACUGGAGCGUGCCUUCCUGCAGCUGUGUGAGACGUCUGACCAGAUCGGCUCUAAACGGGAGUCCAGUCCACAAGAGGGGCCUUUAGCGAACAGCCAGUCAUUUGAGAGUGGACGGGAUGAGAGUCGACCAAUCCUCGGGGUCACAGCAGGAGCAAAAGAGGAAGAACCCAAAUAUUCAGCGGACUGGAAGGUGCGAGCCCGACAUGUGUUGCCAAAGUGGAGGAACAUCGCUGCUCUGAUGAUCAAAACAAUGGUGCGAAUGAAGAGAAUGCCAGGCUCGCUGUGUUUCCAGUUCUUGUUGCCUGUCAUCCAGGUCUCUCUGAUCUGUUUGUGUGUUGGAGGAGACCCAAAGGGGAUCCAGGUCGCUGUGGUGAACAAUGAGACCUCCACAUCCGCUUUCAGCAAAUCCCUGCUCUCCUUCCUGGACAACUCAAGUGUACACCAGGUGCCCUUAUCCCAUAGAGAAGCUUUUGAAGGGAUCUAUAAUGGAGAGUACUGGGGUGUCAUCGGCUUUGGCAAGAACUUCACCAGCUACUUGACAAAAAGGAUGAUGCAGCGGCAGGUUUCUAGAGAGGUGGUGGAUGGAGGAUCAGUGCACGUCUGGCUGGACCUGACAAAUCGACAAAUUGCAGUUAUGCUGCAGAAGAAACUACAUGAGGCCUUUCAGGCCUUUGUGGACAAUAAAUUGGGCAGUAUGGCCUAUCUGGCUUCCCUGCCAAUAAAGUUUGAAGAGCCGAUUUACGGAGAUCUAAACACAGACUUCACUACCUUUGUGACACCUGGAGCUAUUCUCAGUAUUACCUUCUACCUGGCUGUGGGUCUGACAGCUCUCUCCUUUGUCCUGGAGAGGAAGGAGGGUCUUUUGGACAGGUGCUGGGUCGCAGGUGUGAGCUCUCUAGAGAUGAUGCUGGCUCACCUCUUCUCUCAGCUGUUUGUCAUCAGCGUUCAGAUCAUCCUGCUGCUUCUCUUCAUACUGCUCGUCUUUAAGAAUCCUAAUGAAGGCUCCUUGGUGCUGGUCGUCAUCCUCAUUGUGCUGCAGGGCGUCACCGGUAUCUCGUUUGGCCUUGUGAUCUCAUCUGCCAUCGAUGAUGAGCAGAACGCCAACCAGGCUGCCUUGGGCAUCUUUUACCCCAACCUCAUAAUCAGUGGUAUCAUCUGGCCUGUGGAGUGUAUCCCGUAUCCUCUGCGCUACCUCAGCCUUGCGCUCCCUCAGACGUACGCCUCAGAGGCUCUUCGCUGUAUUAUGUACAGAGGCUGGGGUCUGUCUCGGAUGAUGGUGUGGCGAGGCUUCGCUGUCACUCUAGGCUGGAACACUUUCUUCCUCAUCCUGGCCACCGUCAUCUUAAAGCUGAGGACGUGACAGACGCCCCAGGGAGAACUUUACCUCAGUCUGAGGACAGAGCCAUCAGGUGAAGCCCAGCAGCCGACAACUCACCCAGACCUCCUGAGCCAGGACAGCAGAGAUCAGGAGGAGGGAGAGAAAGAGAGAGGGGUUGUUGUGGUUUAACAAACUGAUGAGGAUGAUUCAUCAGUCUCCCUCCUCUUAAUUAUCAGCACACACAUGCACAUAGACACUGACACACACUUCAGUCAGCUGCCUGUUCCUGCAGCAGUUGUUUUGGCCUGUUUAAGCGUGAGUGAAGUUUAAAAAGCUGCCAACAGAAGAGUAUGCUCAUGCAUAUUAAGAGAAUAGUUGUUAAAUAAUGAGAAUAUGUUGUCUUUUCAUUGUUUCUUUUUUGAGCAGCUUUUUUGAAACAUUCACUCCAAGGAAAGGCCACACACCAAUUCAGGGUCACUUUUUAAAACUUUUUGUUUGCCCUUGGUCUCAAAGCUAUGAGAGAGAUUUGUGUAGAUACUAACAAUAGUAGUUGACAUUAUUCCAAACAGUAAAAGGAAUUAGCAUAACAACAUUUCCUACCAUGAGUGUGGUUCAUUGACAAGCAGAGAAACUAAGUGAAGGUCUGUGGUUACAUCAUGUUGUGGGAACCACAACUAGGUUUCUAAAAAGCUUUCAACCUCAUCAUGUGAAGGAAAUUCUCCCCCACUGCAGUAGAAUCUUCUCUAGCCACUUGUUUGUUAUAUCUUUGUUCAGAUUUAUGUUGUUCCUGUCUGGUGUGUGGCAGGAAGUGCUAAAUGUGUCUCACCUUGGUGCUCAACUACAGUUCAGGUUGAAGGUGUUCUCCAUAAUUUGUGUUUUGUGCCUGCUUCUCCUGUGGAUUGAUGCCGGUGAUGGAAGACGUUUUUUAGUACUGUAUCAUUUAUUUGUUGAUGACUCUCUGCUUUGCUGGACAGAGUGGAGGACGUGUGAUUUUAUUCCUCUCACAGGUUAAAUGUGACAUACUCUUUAACUGUCUCCAUACUUACAAGACAUGAUAUUUUUUUACAUCAGUUUCAAACUGCUCAUACUUUAUGCCUUGUUUGUGGAUCAUCACCAAGCAGGUACACAAUAAAAGUGCACAGCAAUUAAUGCUAUUUUGGAUGUGCCUUUGGGAUGUUUUAGUGUUCAAAAAGGGACAUGUAGAAAUGAGGAAUGAAUAUUAAAACUAACAUAGCUGUUUUGCCCAAUUUUAGAAAAUACAUAUUUGUAGGGGAAAUGAAGAACUGACAAUUAGUUGCAAAUCUUUUUUGUCCUCUUUUAAGCAAUUUAACACAACAUUGUAAUGUUAUCUUAACAGAAGGCAAGUGUUUCUUUUUUAAGGGAUGUUUUCCAAGGAAAGGUGGGAAUUGAUGAAAAACUAUCUUAAAAAAAUGAGACAGUGUAUAAAGGCAUGGAAUGUAAGAACAGAAAAUGAGAAUUAAACAAAAUCUAUGUUUUACUUUCCACAAAAAUGUAUUACUCUGUGAAAUGCUCAUCCAAGUUAGAUGAGAAGAUUGAUACCACCCUCAUGCUAACACCAUGAUCAAAUUCCAAUUCUUUACUCCAGAAUAAAAAAACUGAAACAAAGAUAUACGGCUGACAAAAUGUUAGGAGGGAGCGGGGCACAACCUAACACUUUUUGGAUUUGGCUCAAUAAUUUUUAACAUAUUAGUGUUACAUUAACCAGAAUGGUAUAUCACCAACAUACACAUCUCUGCCUCAAAUCAACACUGGAAUUUUGUUAUUAUGCUGAACUACUUUUGCACUGAAAGUGACUGAAGUGAAAUAUUAUAACUUAUACCACAAAUGGGGGAAUUGUAACUAAUUGUAAAUUAGUUACAAUGGUUGUAAGACUUGCCAAAAAAGACUAUUUGAAUAUUAUUAAAUUAAUACAGUUAUCAUCAUAUAUAUCCUUUAGGGAGAUGGUCUAUGAUACAUAUUUACAUGUCUAUCCAUACCAUUCAUGUCGUGUGGAAAGAUUACAGAUGGAUAUUAGGCAAGUAUGGAUAUUACGUUUUCACCAAUAAAAUAUUUAAGAAUAUAAAUAAUAUAGAAAAAAAAAAAACACAGUAAUAAAGACAAUAUAUUAAAAUGUAUCUUUAAAUAUAUCAUCAAAUACAUCUUCCCAUUAUUACAUAAAUAUGUAUGUCUUCGUAUUAAAUUUUGCAUCCUUUAUAUUAGAUAUAUUUUAUUAAAUUAUGUUAGAUCAAUAUUGUUUUCAUGAAUUAAUAUAAGAUAAGAAUUAUAUUAAAUAUAAAGAUUUUUUCAUUUUGAUUCUAUUUCAUUCCUCUUUUGUAUUCUCUUAUCCUUGUGCACCAUAAGCUGUUUAAUUAGUUAGUUUUUACAGUGUUACAAUUAUCCCCAGUGUGAGAAGUUCUGUUUCACCCAUUUAACACUGGCUAUGAGGUAGUUACAUACUUCUAAUCAGUGCUUGGUGUUAUACAACAGGAUGGUUAUUUGGGUGAUAUAAGGUUGGGUUAAGUAAGUUCUACAUAGAGCUAAGUAACUGAAAUGAAACAUGCUAAAGAAAUUUACUUUCCUUGAAAACUCCACCAAAACCAAUCCUAAACUGAUAAGAAUCAGCAGGUGAUGCCCUGCUGGUGUUGUGGUCAGUUGAGCAUCAACAUAAUGUUUAACACCCUUAAAGUUCCACAUUACAUUUUACCCCAUGUCAGUUUGUGCCCUGCUCACCCCUGUCUUAAAGACUGACUGAGUUAAAGCAGCUCUAAAGCACAUUUAUCUCUGUCAAAGUAUGAUAACUUCCUGGAGCUUUAUCACUGUGAUGUUGCAAAACAACAAUCCCAGGAGGGUCACUACUCAUGGAAAAGAAAUAUCUCAGCACACUAUCCAGGGCAAAACUGUUUUUUAAAUUUGGAAAUUUGGAUGUUUUCUGUGAUCAUGUUUCCAGUCUUUAUGCUAAUCUUAGCUAAUCAGAUUCUGAUUGUGUUAUAUCAAUCCUCUCACCUAACUCUUUGAUGAAAACAAAAAGAAGCUGAUUUCCAAAAUACUUUAGCUUCUUCUUUAAAAAAUGAAAAUUUUGACUCACUCCAGCAUCACGUUAAGCCAGUCUUAUAAACGUUGAAAUGUUUACAGCAACAUGGAGGCAUGUCUGAAAAAGUAUUUUUAUUUUGAAUAGCACAUGUUUGACAGCAGGACCAAACUUAUAUACCAGCAUGUGUUGUGUUUGGAUGUUCCCCCUGUUCAGCUGCUAUCGUUUAACAUACUGCAAAUGGCAUUUAUAUAAAUGUUAUGAAAAAUGUAUGUGUCCAUUAAACAAGAUAAAUAAUUAAUCAUUUGACUGUAAAUUCCUCUUGUUGUUUUCUUCUCUCUAAUGAUGAUUGAUGACAUAAUGAACUGCUGAUAAAGAUGUACAGUACUUUGUGUAUGUUGAACCUUUAGAGGAGAUUGCCCUGCUUUGUGAGUCUGCUGUUGCUCUGCUAGACAUUAAUCUGUGUCAUACAUGGACUCUUAAAGUCUAUUUGUGCUCUUGUUAGGUAGAAAUAGGGCAACUCUUUACUGAACAUUUUUAAUAAUACUCCAAACACAAAGACACACUCCUCAUGGACCUAAUAGAACUUUAUCUGAGGAUGUUUGCUCUCUGUCCUUGGCAGAUAGCUGAAGGUCUCAGUGGGAUUACCUCUGUGCCUCAUUCAACUCCAAUCACACUAUAAUGGACCAUUCACUGAAGAAACUUAAAAUGCUUAAUCUUUGGUAAAAGUGACACUGCUUACAUAAAAUGAGGACAUCAUUGAAUCAUGUUAUGAGCACAACUUUUGAGUUAAACCCUU